AUGCUGGUAAAAGACUUCCCACAGAUCAAAAGUAUCAAAACUUUCAUUUUCAACCAACCCGGCGUCGGCGGAGACUACCAUAAUGUUGAAAGGGGCCAUUGGUUGAUCGACCAUCCCAUUGCCAACCCCAUGUCCAAGUUUGAAGAGUACCGUGCCUCUCGUGUCAGUUGGGGAAUCAAUGUUUUGGGUUCUUUCUGUGUUGAAAUCGAAGCAACGAAUGGCGUUAAGGGAUUUGCUACUGGUUUUGGAGGCCCACCUGCUUGCUGGUUAGUAGCCAAUCAUUUCAGACGUUUCUUGAUUGGAGCUGAUCCAAGAGAUACUACUUUGUUAUGGGAUAAGAUGUUUAGAGCUUCCAUGUUUUACGGUAGAAAAGGUUUGACUGUGGCUGUCAUCAGUGUCAUAGAUUUGGCUAUCUGGGACUUGUUGGGAAAGUUGAGAAACGAGCCCGUCUACAAGAUGAUUGGAGGUGCUACUAGAGAAAGAUUGGACUUUUACUGUACUGGCUGUAGACCAGACAUAGCUAAGGAAGUUGGUUUCUGGGGAGGUAAAGUUGCUUUACCUUAUGGUCCAGCAGAGGGUCACGAUGGUCUUAGAAGAAAUGUCGAGUUUUUGAGAAAGCAUCGUAAGUCCGUAGGACCAGACUUCCCCAUUAUGGUAGAUUGCUACAUGUCUCUUAAUGUAUCGUAUGUUAUCGAUUUGGUAAAUGCUUGCAAAGACUUGAACAUCAACUGGUUUGAAGAGGUCUUGCAUCCAGAUGACUUUGACGGUUUCCAGAAGUUGAAGAGUGCCUGCCCGUGGAUGAAAUUCACAACUGGUGAACAUGAGUACUCCAAGUAUGGAUUCAGAAAGUUGAUCGAAGGUAGGAAUGUAGACAUCUUGCAACCUGAUAUCAUGUGGGUCGGUGGUCUUACUGAAAUCCUCAAGAUCUCUCAUCAAGCUGCUGCCUACGAUAUUCCAGUAGUUCCACAUGCUUCUGGUCCAUAUUCGUACCAUUUUGUAAUCUCUCAAGAAAAUACUCCAUUCCACGAAUACUUGUCGAACUCUCCGGACUCGAUGUCUGUGUUGCCAGUAUUUGGGGAACUUUUCACCGAUGAACCAGUUCCUACAGAAGGUUAUUUGCUGAUUACGGAAUUUGACAAACCUGGGUUUGGCUUGACUUUGAACCCAAAGAUCGAGUUGAUCAAUGGCGACUGCUUAUUAUCGCCUAAUCCAGAAAGACCAUUAAGUAUUCAAAAUGGAAAUGGACAUGCAAAGACCAAUGGCAAUGGAACCAUCAAGAAUGGCCAUUAG